AUGGUGGAAGUACUGGAGGAAGUGACUGAGUUGAAUGAGCCUCUCUCAAAUGAGGAUAGAAACCUGCUGUCUGUAGCCUACAAGAAUGUAGUUGGAGCUAGACGAUCUUCCUGGCGUGUCAUCAGCAGCAUAGAGCAGAAGACUAUGGCAGAUGGGAAUGAGAAGAAACUGGAGAAGGUUAAAGCCUAUAGAGAGAAGAUAGAAAAGGAGCUCGAGACAGUCUGCAAUGAUGUUUUGGCUCUCCUAGAUAAAUACUUGAUCAAGAACUGCAAUGACUUCCAGUAUGAGAGCAAGGUCUUUUAUCUGAAAAUGAAAGGGGAUUACUACCGCUAUUUGGCAGAAGUUGCUGCUGGAGAGAAGAAGAACAGUGUUGUGGAAGCCUCAGAAGCUGCCUAUAAAGAGGCUUUUGAAAUCAGCAAAGAGCACAUGCAGCCCACUCACCCAAUUAGGCUUGGGCUUGCACUCAAUUUCUCGGUCUUCUACUAUGAAAUCCAGAAUGCUCCUGAGCAGGCCUGCCUUUUAGCCAAACAAGCCUUUGAUGAUGCCAUAGCAGAGCUGGACACACUAAAUGAGGAUUCCUACAAGGACUCCACUCUCAUCAUGCAGUUACUUCGAGAUAACCUCACUCUGUGGACGAGUGAUCAGCAAGAUGAAGAAGCAGGAGAGGGCAAUAAUUAAAAAGCUUUCCUCCAAUCCCUCUUUCAUCCACUUUGCCAUCCCAUCAUCACCAAUAUUUCCUUGCCACAGUCACACUAAAUAUCUAGUGCUAAGCAUAUCUGUAUUGUACAGCUGUUCAGAUCUGCUGUCCACUAUUGAGAAGCAGUUUCAGAUGAGCCUCCAUAGGUAUUGAUGGAUUGACUGGUUUAUUGGCCCUAUUCUCUUAGUUGCACUUGAGCAGUGCAGAAAGAUGCAUAGUAAAUGAGAUUUCAGUUUGCCUGUUGAUAGGAAAAUAUGGGAAAGAAUAAUGGAAAGUGAUUGAGGAUAAUUGGAUUCCAGGGGGGUUUUCUUCUGUUUGAAAUGAGCUGACAGUUCUGUUAAGCAGUACAUUUUGUGCAUGCAAAAUUAGCCACUCCCAAUUUUUUUCAGUCAAUGAGAGCAGUUAAGCUGAUGUGAAAUGACAGCCCUGUGCAUCAGUUUAAAAUAAAUUGUUUGAAAUGUGAGAUUUCAGUAGCAAUUUAUUUUUUUUUUUGCCUCUAACUUAUGUGCACAGUUUCUUUUAAUGCAGUGCAUCUACCUGAGAGUUUUGAUACUUGUAACCUUUUGCAGUUGUUUUGAAGAAUCAUGAAUUUAUUUUUUGUAAACUCUUUGGCUGUUUAGUUGUCUGUGUAUUCUGACAACACUGUCAAUAUUAGCCCAUGUUAAGAUGGAUGACUGAGAUGCCAGACUUCUAAAUUAAAUGUUUUGAAAUUAAAUGAAUAAAAUAAAAUGCUGCUUUGGGGACAUUAUCUCUA